AUGCCGGACAUGCCGGCUCUCUUCCACCAGUCGGCCUCCCCACCCAAACUCGACCUCGCCAGCGCCAACUCGCAGUUCUUCCAAGUCCCUGCAUCUACAUCGGCCUCGUCAUCUCUUUACUCGCUAUCCGUCAGUCGUAAGCGAGCUCGUCGCGAUACCGAAAAACUAUCCUCCAAAUUCGAGGCCUCGACCGGAGUAGCCUCCGCUUCUCCACUUCUCCAAGCCGACUAUAGCAAAACAAAUGGUCACGAUCAGUUCCUCCACUCUGCCGAUCUCGACUAUCGUCCCAACCGCUACCGCGAGUCAUUCCUACCACCCUCGCUCGACAACAGCGUUGAUACUUUAGAUGGAGACCUCCACGGGACAAGUCGCAAACGCACUCGCCGCGACUCCAUCCUCACCUCACCAAGCGCUGAGGAUGCCAGCCCCAACACCAGAGCCGUCGGCUGGGGACGAACCGUGAUCAACGUUGUAGGAAAGGUCCUCGAUCUCUGCUGGUCGGGUGCAUUCCGAGGCUUUUAUGCUGGCGGGGGACAAGGUUACGACAUGCAAGCUGGUUCACCAGCACCAUUCACCGCCAGCUGGGAGGCUGGGCCGAGUUCGGCAGAGAAAGAACGUAUCUUCCGAACCCCGAUCCCCGGCCAGUAUCCCGACGAGGAUAUUGAUCGCAGCUGGGUCGUGAUACCCUCCGAUCCGAUCGAUCCUUUCGUUGGCGAUGCAGCUAGCAGUCCCUCCGCACGCCCUCGUCGCAUUCAUCAGGCGUCCAGCCCGCGUCGUCGGCCAGCGGUUAUGCCAAAAUUGAACAAAAGACCUAGUUCGUCGAUGCGGCCUUCCACGCCUACGAGACAUCAGGGUUUGCCUUCACCUCGGUUGAGAGAUGGACCGGGCUCCGCUGAAAUGCAACGAUAUGCAGCGCAGAUGCGCCGGAGGGAACGUGAAGAGGACGCCAGUAUCAAGCGAUUGAACCGGCAACUCCAAGCAAUGAUCCGAGAGGGUAAGCAGGCUCUGGGUUCGACGGUGGAGGUGGACGAUCUGGACAUGGACUUUGACUGA